CGGGGAGGUAGCCGGGCGGGCCACGGGGAGCGCAGGGGCCGCCAUGGCCCGGCGGCGGCGCCGCGCCUGCAUCGCGCUGUUCCUGGUGCUGCUUUUCGCCUUCGGCACGCUCAUGGGUCUGCGCACGCUCAAGGCUCCGGACGGACUGCCGGCGCUGGGCCCGGGCCUGGAGCUGGCGCCCUUUGAGCGACGCCCGGAGGGAGUCCCCGCGCCCGCCGCCCGGGCCCCGGCCGCCCCCGCCGCGCCGCCGCCUCCGCCUCCGCCGCCCCGCACUGCCGGCCCGGGCAGCCCCCCGGGCCCGGCCCCCGCGGAGGCCGAGCCCGCCCCCGGGCAGAGUCUGCGCGUCUACUCGGACCUGCACGCCUUCUACUACUCCUGGUACGGGAGCCCGCGGCGCGAAGGCCACUACAUUCACUGGGACCACGUCAUGGUGCCGCACUGGGACCCCAAGAUCUCGGCCAGCUACCCCCGCGGCCGCCAUAGUCCUCCCGACGACUUGGGCUCCAGUUUCUACCCGGAGCUGGGGCCCUACAGUUCUCGGGACCCCGACGUGCUGCGGGAGCACAUGACCCAGCUUAAGGAAGCCGCUAUCGGCGUCCUGGUCCUGUCCUGGUACCCACCUGGCAUGGCUGAUGAUAACGGGGAACCCUCAGAUGACCUGGUGCCCGCCAUUCUCGACACCGCCCAUCAGUACAAUAUCCAGGUGGCCUUCCACAUCCAACCCUAUAAGGGCCGGGAUGACGUCACUCUGCAUGACAACAUCAAGUACAUCAUUGACACGUAUGGCUCCCAUGGUGCAUUUUACCGCUAUAAGAACAGCAUGGGCAAGAGCCUCCCACUCUUUUAUAUCUACGACUCAUACCUGACGUCCCCUGAGGCCUGGGCUCACCUCCUGACACCCAAUGGGCCCCACUCCAUCCGCAACACCCCCUAUGAUGGGGUCUUCAUAGCCCUGCUGGUGGAGGAGGGCCACACCCACGACAUCCUGGCUGCCGGAUUUGAUGGCAUGUAUACCUACUUUGCCUCCAAUGGUUUCUCCUUCGGCUCCUCCCAUCAGAACUGGAAAGCCGUGAAGAACUUUUGUGAUGCCAACAACCUCAUGUUCAUCCCCAGCGUGGGGCCUGGCUACAUUGACACCAGCAUCCGGCCCUGGAAUAACCACAAUACUCGGAACAGGGUCAAUGGCAAGUACUAUGAGACAGCCCUGCAGGCAGCCCUGACGGUGAGGCCCGAGAUUGUCUCCAUCACCUCCUUCAAUGAGUGGCAUGAGGGCACCCAGAUCGAGAAGGCCAUUCCCAAGAAGACGCCAACACGUCUGUAUUUGGACUACCUGCCUCACCAGCCCAACCUGUACCUGGAGCUGACUCGCCGCUGGGCAGAGCACUUCAUCAAAGAGAAGGAGCAGUGGCUGAUGUGAGGAGCCUGCCGACGGCCACGAGACUUCCUGAAUUCUGAGCCCGCCCUCAAAUUCCGUGACAACCUGACAUGUGGGAUCGGCUGGCCAGCAUUGGCACAACGAAGAGUGAGUUUGCUUAAGAAAUGAG